UUGAACGGCUACGAAUACAGUGUGAAACGAAUGUACCCCAAAUUAAAAACAAGUCGCAAACUUGAACUGAUAACAGAUAAACCGCGAAGCUGCGAGAUAGAGCAAGAGUAUAUUGAUGGUUUAUAAACCACCAGUCUUGUAUUUAUUAAAAAAAACCUGAUAAGGACGUGACUUUCAGUUUGCAUUACGAAGGAGUAUGUUGGAAAUGGCUAGAGCCGGUUUCCGAAUCGCGUUGCUACAGCUCCGGGUUGGCCCGAGUAAGGAGGAAAACAUUUCCAAUGCCCUGACAAAGAUUCGGUCGGCGGCCAAGGAUAAUGGUGCCCGAGUUGUGGCACUUCCGGAAUGCUUCAACUGUCCAUAUGGCACCCAGUACUUUGCCAAGUACGCCGAAGAAGUGCCCACUGGAGAGACGUGCCGCAGUUUAUCCGAUGUGGCCAAAGAGUUAGGCAUCUACCUGAUCGGAGGGACGAUUCCGGAAAAGACGGCCGAUGGGAGUGGAAAAAUCUACAACACUUGCACGGUUUGGUCCCCGGAAGGUUCCCUGAUGGCAACCUAUAGGAAGAUCCACCUGUUCGAUAUAAAUAUUCCCGGGGCAAUCACUUUUCGUGAAUCUGACGUGCUGUCCGGUGGGGAAAAACUGGCCAUCAUCCCCGUUGAUGAUGCCAAAAUUGGCAUCGGAAUCUGCUACGACAUACGAUUCGACGAGCUGGCCAGACUGUACCGGAACAAGGGUUGCGACAUGUUGAUCUAUCCUGGGGCUUUCAACAUGAAAACUGGACCCCUGCACUGGGAGUUAUUGGCCAGAGGCCGGGCAAACGAUACCCAAUCGUACGUGGCCACGAUUUCGCCGGCCCGGGAUGCAUCGGCCGGGUACAUCGCCUGGGGCCACUCGAUGGUGGUCGAUCCGUGGGCCCAGGUCGUGGGCUCGGCCAAAGAGGGCGAAGAAAUGGUGCUGGCCGAUGUCGAGCUGCGAAAAGUGGACGAAGUGCGGGCACAGAUUCCGAUUUUCAGCCAACGUCGAACCGAUCUGUACGACACCAAGGACCUGAAAAGCUGAAAACGGUUUCAUUUGAUGGAAUUUUGGUUUUGAAAUUGUUAAACGAUGCUUUUAAAAGUUUUUGACACAUUUGUAGAAUGGAAGUCGAAGAGUUGAAUAAAUGUUUCAAUAUGUAAAACAA